CCAACGAUCUUCCACGCUCUCAAAUAAACAAUUCGCAUCAAUCAUCAUAGAAUUUUGUCUGUUCAAAGAUUCUUCGUGCAAGCUUUUACAAUCAGCUUUCAUGAAUUUAAUCGAUCUCCCAUGAAAUCAUUUCGUAAUCUCUCCGUUUAGUUACUUCUAUUUUGCUCCGUGGAACUUACUCAGGAGAUUAGAAGCUGUAACUGGUGUUUGAUAGAGUAGAAAUUUGAGCACUGUUUUCGCCUCAAAUCUAGGGUUUCUUCUGCUGUAGCUCAUUUCAGAUUACGAUCUAGGCUGAGUUGAUUUGCAUUAUGUUUGCAUUGGUUGAUUUCGUUUUCUCCCGAUUUCUCUCUCCACCUUGUUUGUUUCUGAAUGCCGUAUGUGGUUUGGUGAAAUAAAUCAGAUUUUGACGAACUAAAAUCAAUUGAUCAUCGUUCUUCAAGCCUCAAUAAUCGUUCACAUUCAAACACAGGUUAUGAAUCACUCAACCUGAUAGAUUCACAAGAGUUCUAAAAGGGCAUCCAGUUCAGAAUAAACAUGGGAACACCUAUGCGCAGUGGAAUGAUAAGAAGACCAAAUGAGACAAUGAGGCUAAUAGUAACAACUUUUAUCAGUAUUGUAUUUGGAUUCUUUUUAGGAGUAUCCUUCCCAACAAUUUCAUUAACCAAGAUGAACCUUCCAUCUACUCUACUUCCAUCCAUUGAUCUUGGUUACAUAGAGGACAAAUACUCAGGCCUCUCAUCACAAGCCCUCUUGAAUGUUUGGUCUUUAAUAAGGCAUCACAAGGGAUUAUCAUCAUAUGAACCAGAGGACACAAAGAUAUGGGUGUCAACAAAUCCUCAAGGUGCUCAAAGACUCCCACCAGGUAUCGUUGCAUCUGAGUCUGAUCUCUACCUCAGAAGACUCUAUGGUAUACCCAGUGAGGAUUUGAUUAUCAAACCAAGGUACCUUGUAACAUUUACAGUGGGUUAUGAGCAGAAGGAAAACAUUGAUAAAGCUGUGAAGAAGUUCUCAGAGAACUUCUCAAUUUUAUUGUUUCACUAUGAUGGUCGAACAACUGAAUGGGAUGAAUUUGAAUGGUCAAAGAGAGCUAUACAUGUCAGUGUUCUCAAGCAAACUAAAUGGUGGUAUGCAAAACGAUUUUUGCAUCCAGAUAUAUUGGCGCCUUAUGAUUAUAUAUUCAUCUGGGAUGAGGAUCUUGGAUUGGAGGAUUUUGAUGCUGAAAGGUAUAUAAGUUUGGUUAAGAAGCAUGGAUUAGAAAUUUCUCAGCCAGGUUUAUCAGCUAAUAGUGGAUUAACAUGGCAAAUGACAAGGAAAAGAGAUGAUAGUGAAGUGCACAAAGAAGCUGAGGAAAGGGAUGGGUGGUGCACGGAUCCACAUUUGCCACCAUGUGCAGCAUUUGUUGAGAUUAUGGCCCCUGUUUUCUCCCGGAAUGCAUGGCGUUGUGUUUGGCAUAUGAUCCAGAACGACUUGGUCCAUGGAUGGGGUUUGGACUUUGCUCUUAGGAGAUGUGCCGAGCCCGCUCACGAAAAGAUAGGAGUCGUAGACGCUCAGUGGAUUGUUCAUCAAACGGUUCCUUCACUCGGGAACCAGGGAAACUCCGAGAAUGGAAAGGCACCAUGGGAAGGGGUGAGAGAGAGGUGUCAAAAGGAGUGGGCAACGUUUCAAUCACGGAUGACAUUAGCUGAAAGAGCGUAUUUAAAGGAGAAGGGGAUCGAAUACAAUACUUCAACAAAUGGUUAGUGGGUUUUGGAUUUUGUUUAAAUUAAAUAAAUUUUAUAAAUUAAUGUAAGUAUAACUAAUGGAGAUAUAGUUAUGUAGUGUUUGGUAAAAAGGAAAACAUUUUAAUUCCAUGAGUUUUAUAGUUAAGUGUUUCUAUCUUA